AUGGCUGCUCCACCAGCAAGGGCACGAGCAGAUUAUGAUUAUCUUAUUAAGCUCCUUCUGAUCGGCGAUAGCGGUGUUGGUAAAAGUUGCCUUCUUUUGCGUUUUUCUGAUGGUUCUUUCACCACUAGUUUCAUCACUACAAUUGGUAUUGAUUUCAAGAUAAGAACCGUUGAACUUGAUGGCAAACGGAUCAAACUCCAAAUUUGGGACACAGCUGGUCAAGAACGAUUCCGAACCAUCACAACAGCUUACUACAGGGGUGCUAUGGGGAUUUUAUUGGUGUAUGAUGUUACUGACGAAUCAUCUUUCAACAACAUAAGAAACUGGAUUCGCAACAUUGAACAACAUGCUUCAGACAAUGUUAACAAGAUUCUUGUUGGGAAUAAGGCUGAUAUGGAUGAAAGCAAAAGGGCUGUUCCGACUGCAAAGGGUCAAGCUCUUGCGGAUGAAUAUGGCAUUAAGUUUUUCGAAACUAGUGCAAAAACGAACCUAAAUGUGGAGCAAGUUUUCUUUUCGAUAGCAAAGGAUAUCAAGCAAAGGCUUUCAGACACUGAUUCCAAGGCUGAGCCAUCAACGAUUAAAAUUAAUCAACCAGAUGCAACAGCUGGGAAUGGUCAACUUGGACAGAAAUCAGCUUGCUGUGGUUCUUAAAAAAUAUGAUGGUGGAGUGGAGUGCUUGCUUGCUAUUCUUCAAUGGGAAGAUUGUGUUGUGGUAGUGUGUGAAAGGUAGUAGCUUCUUUUUAUUUUGAAAAAUCAUUUUUCUUUCCUUAUAUAAUUUGAUUUUGUUUUGACAUGGCGAUGUGGUAGACAAUGUUUGUGUUUGUUUUUCCCUGGCCUAAUGUGUUAUAGCACUAACAAUGAUGUCAUGAAACGAUUGUAACUAUACUUAUUGUGUGGAGGCCUUCCUGUUUCUAUA